GCCUGGGGAAGGAGGGAAAGCAGACGCACUCAGCUGAACAUCUGCUUGGAAGAGCUGGAGACAACCAGGUUGCAAAAGAAGCUUCUGCCAGUUGUCACCAUGAAGGCCACGCUCGCCACUGUUGCCCUCCUCAUCAUGGCUCUCGGCUUCACCUGCGAAGCUGUGCAAGUUGAGGAAAAUGGUUUGUCUUUCUCCCUGGAGGCCGUCAAGAGGCUCCAGGAACUUGCAGAGAGCAGAGUGGUGACAGGACAACAAAGCCCGCGGCUCCAAAUGAACACCUUGUCCUUCUGUGCUGAACCUAUGCUUCCACAGGAACUGCUGCCUCUCUGCAAGCAGAGAGGAGGGUCUGCAUCCCUGAUCAGACUAGCUGCACUUCCCAUGGACGUGUGUGAGAUCUGCGCGUUUGCUGCCUGCACCGGCUGCUAAACACAAGCUGCCAGCCUAAAAUAUCUCGCCUUGCUUAGCAAUACUUGUUUUCCCCCUGUCAUUGUUUAAAACCCAUUCAGAAAAUAUCUAAUUAUUUAUCCACAGCAAGUCAGAGGCAUCAUCAAGUCGUCUGACUCAUUUUUAACAGCUGUUUCACCAAAACUGGGCCUAAAUUAGUCAAAUCUGAGAGGAAAGUUCUGAACUCUGUUACUUUUUGUACCUUUUUAUUUUCCAUGCAGACACCUCUUUAUUAAAACUGUUUAUGUUUGGAUUUAAUUAUGUUUGUUACAGAUUUCUUGCCUUAUAUUAUUUCUUGCCUUAUAUAUUUAAAGAUUUUUUCGUCUUUUUUUUCUUUUUUAUUAUUAUUAUUUUAAAUAAAAAGCUUUUUCUGAUCAA